AACGAGAAAAAGAGGGGAUGAUAAUCGAGAAAUGAAAGGGGAAGAAGAAGAAGAGAUGAGCGAUGAUGACGAAACCCUAAUCGUCCCCAAAAUCUCGCGAUAAUCCGCAGCUUCCUCUUCUCUGCUGCUCCCCUUCCGUCGAGAAGAUCUCUCACCUUCUCUCUCUCUCUCUCUCUCUCUCGGCCUUUCUCUGCGUAAGCUUCCAUUUAUCUUCUCGUUCCAUUUUCUCUCUCUCUCUCUCUGUCACUCUCGCACUGAGUUCUCAUCCUCCAACUCGUUGUUUGAUUGCUGAGACGAUGGCUGCAACUAGUACUAUGUCCUUAACUCUGCCACAGAAAUGAAAAUUGAUGAAGAUGGUGAAUUUAAUUGUCGGUUAAAGAUGCUAAAUUAUUACGAAAGGCUUCUCCUUUUGUCGAUGUCUAUGCUGAAUUUGUAGUUCGAGUUGUUACGAUCAGGCUUUGUCUGGACUGGAGAGAAAUGGAGGGAAAAUGGAGGCUAUCCCCUCCAUUCCUCUCCAAUCCAAAACAAAAGGGUGAAUCUGCAGCUAGUGUGGGCACGGAGGUUUCUGCUCUAUAAUGGUGAGGGAGAAAGAUGUUUGUUGGGAGUAUGCCGAUAAAUUAGAUGGGAACAAGGUGAGAUGCAAGUUCUGCCUCAGAGUUUUAAAUGGUGGCAUUAGUAGGUUAAAGCAUCACCUCUCCCGGCUCCCUAGUAAAGGCGUGAACCCGUGUAGCAAAGUGCGGGAUGACGUUACUGAUAGGGUGAGAGCGAUACUAGCAACCAAGGAAGAGGUCAGGGAGUCGCCUAGUGCCACUAAGAAGCAAAAGUUGGCGGUGCCCGAAGCUAAAUCUCCCGUGAGUAAUGCGGCAAAUAAAGUUUUCAUGCCUCUAGAGGGUUCCCCUGCAAUGAACAGAGUUUUUUCGCCGAUCUCUCCGAUGGGGUCUUCUUCCCUCAACAACCAAGAAAAUGCAGAGAGGAGUAUCGCCCUCUUCUUUUUCGAGAAUAAGCUGGACUUCAGCGUAGCCCGUUCUUCAUCAUAUCUGUCGAUGAUCGAUGCAGUUGGAAAAUGUGGGCCUGGGUUUAUACCUCCUUCUCCAGAAACCUUGAGGACCACCUGGCUUGGAAAGAUCAAGUCUGAAGUGAGCCUGCAAUCCAAAGAUAUCGAGAAGGAGUGGACCACUACGGGGUGUACUAUAAUUGCAGAUACAUGGACCGACAAUAAAUCGAGAGCUCUAAUAAACUUUUUUGUUUCCUCACCAUCUAGGACAUUCUUUCACAAGUCAGUUGAUGCCUCCUCGUACUUCAAGAACACCAAGAGCCUCGCCGAUCUGUUCGACUCCAUGAUUCAAGAAUUUGGCCCAGAGAAUGUUGUGCAGAUAAUCGUGGACAGCAGUUUGAACUAUACUGGAAUCGUGAGCCAUAUCCUGCAGAACUAUGGGACCAUCUUUGUCUCUCCCUGCGCUUCUCAGUGUUUGAAUCUUAUCUUGGAGGACUUUUCUCGGGUAGAUUGGGUGAACAGAUGCAUCUCCCAGGCACAGACUAUCACGAAGGUUAUCUAUAACAAUUCCUUGAUGCUCGAUCUGAUGAAGAGGUUCACUGGCGGGCAGGAGCUGAUUAGGACAGGAAUUACAAAAUCAGUGUCAAACUUCCUCUCUUUGCAGUCAAUGUUGAAGCAAAGGUCCAAGCUAAAGCAACUGUUCAACAGCCCUGAAUAUUCUACGAACUCCUCGUACACCACAAAUAAGUCACUGAGCAUUUCAUGUAUUGCCACAGUCGAGGACAACGAUUUCUGGAGAGCUAUGGAAGAGUGCGUUGCCAUUUCAGAGCCUUUCCUUCGAGCUCUUAGAGAGGUUUCGGGAGGAAAGCCUGCUGUGGGCUCCAUAUAUGAGCUGAUGACAAGGGCAAAGGAAUCAAUUAGGACGUACUAUAUAAUGGACGAGAACAAGUGCAAGACGUUCUUGGACAUUGUCGAUAGGAAGUGGAGGGAGCAGCUGCUGACACCCUUGCACGCUGCGGCAGCAUUCUUGAACCCGAGUAUCCAGUAUAAUCCCGAGAUCAAGUUCCUCACAUCCAUUAAAGGGGACUUCUAUAAAGUCCUCGAGAAGCUGCUUCCUGCACCUGAGAUGAGGCGAGACCUCACCAAUCAAAUCAUCACAUUCACUCGAGCUCAGGGGCUGUUUGGAUGCAACCUAGCAAUGGAGUCCAGGGAGACGGUUGCACCAGGACUUUGGUGGGAACAAUAUGGAGACUCUGCACCUGCUCUACAAAGAGUUGCGAUAAGAAUCCUAAGCCAAGUAUGCAGCAGUUUCACCUUCGAGAGGCACUGGGGCACGUUCCAGCAGAUCCACUCGGAGAAGCGCAACAAGAUCGACAAGGAGACAAUGAACGAACUCAUCUAUAUCAACUACAAUCUCAGAUUAGGGAAACAGAUGCGGUUCUUGGAAGCUGACCCGAUUCAGUUCGAGGACAUUGACAUGACCUCAGAGUGGGUUGAGGAGAGCGAGAGCCCAAGCCCAACCCAGUGGCUCGAUCGGUUUGGUUCAGCACUGGAUGGGAGCGACUUAAACACGAGGCAGUUUAAUGCCGCUAUCUUCGGGGCAAACGACCAUAUAUUUGGGUUGUGAUGUGUUUGUUAACUUCGGUAUAUAAUGAUUUGACUAGUGAUCCUGUAAAUUAGUAGAUGAUUGUUAUUGUAAGAUAGAUUGUUAGUUGACUUCCCGCAGUAUAUGAUGUCUCUGUGAUAUGUACCA